AACCGGCCGGCGCCGUCGUCUCGAUAAGGAAGAGCAGUCUUUUGUCCGCUUCGGAAAUUCUCACCAGAAACACAGGAUUCUGGAGGUGAAUAAGAAACUCUCGUUCACUUGCCUAAACGUCUCUCCCGUCUUGGGAUAUCGGCCCGGUAUCAUCACGAUCCUGUAACAACCUUACUCCCGUUUUGGGUCAUAGUCUCCAAGUAUCUCGGGGAGAGGACCCGAAGAUCUGUCCGACUCCGAGGCUCCAACGCACACUACUGGAUACCGCUUGCCAUGGCAGACGUGCCCCUUUACGUAGUCUCCGACUACUCUUCUUCCGAGAGACGGAUCACGCCAUCGUGGUCAAUCUCCCAACUCAAGGGUAAACUCGAACAUGUCACCGGUAUCCCUCCUUCUUGCCAGAAAAUCUUCCUCAAGACGCCAUCAAGCGAAAAAAUCCCGGUCGAGGCUCCAGAUGAGGACUCUACCGGCCUGUCCGAGUUCCCACUCGUGCCUUACGCUGAACUACAGAUCACGGACACCCGACCUCCAUCGGCAAGACCUAACUUCUCAAACACUGCUGGUUUCGACAAAUUUGUGUUGCCAGAGGAAGAAUACGAGAAGAAGACGGACUCUGUGCUAGCCUGGAAGAAGGCCCAAAAGCUUGGGCGCUUCGACCCCAAUGCGCCAAGUCAUGAGCAAGCCAAGAUUGAUGCUAUCGCCCAGGAGAUUGUCUCCCGUGGCAUCAGCGUUGGGAAACGGUGCAGGAUUGGCCAGGACGACGCCAGACGAGGAGAGAUAAUGUAUGUCGGCGACGUCAAGGAGAUUCCCGGUGUGGGUGCUUGGGUGGGCGUCCAGCUGGAUGAGCCAGUUGGCAAGAACGACGGAAGCAUUGGAGGAACGCGUUACUGGGGUGAAAAGUCAGAACUCAAACGCGGCGUUUUCGUGAGACCGGAGCGAGUAGAGGUUGGGGAUUUUCCUGUUCUUGACGAUCUCGAGGACAUGGAGGAGAUUUGAAUCCUGCUGCCAAUCAGCGCUUGCAUCAAACCAUACGACUCUUUUGGUCUUUUCUCGUCCAGUGAGGAUGGCUUAGCCCGUUACCAGGGCAGCUGGACGUAGACCAACCGAUGGGUGCGGUGGACGCCAGAAAGGCUUCGAAGCGCACGUCAAUGGGUUCCUGGAAGUUUUCCCCUCUCCACGGUAUCGAGAUAUGGUUCAAGCGUCAGCGUACCACUGUGCUCUCCUUGCAUAACCUACUGAAACCGAGCAUCCAGUUUGCCCACCGUCCUGAUCCUUCUCAAAUCUCCAGGAUUGGGUCACCAUUUUAUCCUCUCUCAUCGCCCAGAAAAGAGCAGAGUGGUAGGAGUCCGCCGAAGAGCACCGAUGGUAACACAUGGAUAUGUUUAGAC